AUGGGUAUCGAAGCUCUUCUCUCGGUCUCAUUGACCAUGCCGUUUCGUCGUCUCAUCUCGCGUCGUUCUACCUUUCUCACGGGGAGAGUGUCCCCCUUUCAUUUUUACAGAAGGUUUUGCUCUGUAGCUGCAGUAGCACAGGAAGCAUCUGAAUCACAGGCUGCUCCAGCUAGCGCUGUCAAAGCUCCGCGACUCCCCACCGAUGCAGACACCAUUCAAUAUGCCAAGCUCAAGAUGAAACAGAUGCAGGAGGCUGGCAACACUAAGUAUAUUCCAUCGAGUUUUCCGGCAGAUCCGACGGACGCCGACUAUCUAUCAUGGUACAAAUCUUUCAAAAAGAUCAAGUCUGCCGAGAAGAAACGGAGGGCAACGAGACUUCUGCGACUCUCCCGUUCUAUAUUCCGACAGCUUGCUACCAAAGCCUUAGAUGUUGACGCUAUUUCGGAAAAGUGUCCCGAAUUGGGUGAACUGUUGAAGAACCCUCCCUCCAUAGCCGGGGACAAAGAUACUUCGUCGGCCCGGCAUUGGGCCUCGCAAAUUGAGAAAUUACUGGCUGAGAAGGCUUCCUUGUUAGAGGAGCUCGAAUUCUCUCUGUCACCGAAAGGCUCAAGGGAGUUGAUCUCGCUCAAGAGCGUCUCCUCCUUCAAGAGCCUUAUUACCUGCGGUGCCUUCGAUAACGUUGAGAAAACGCCUGUUGUUACGGAAGGCGACAGGAUCGUCCACACGCUGGUUCCCGAGCUGAAGGCUGAUGAAUCCCGGUAUUUCAGUAUUACUCUCAACGAGGCAGACUCUUUGGAGUCCUGGCUGGUGAAACAUGGCGCGGAAAAUGUCCCAUCAAAAAAGUUCUCCGUGAGUAGCAGUGUGCGUAAUAGUAUUUCUAAUGGACUCAAGAACGGUCUCCUCGAGUCCCCCAAACCAUCCAUCAUGAGACUGGCUCACUUCGCCAUUGAAGAUGCAGAUACCAGCGAGAGUCUCGCUGUUCUGGUAUCUGAGUUGAAGCAGAGUCCUGAGCGCCUAGAUCAGCUGACCCCGGCGGAGGUUGUGCUCUUGAAGCGACGGAUAGCUAUCAACAGGAUCAAACGAGUGGAUAACGUUAAAGAUGCUAGGAGCUCGAAAGGCGUGUCGAAGAAGAAGGCCAAAAAGAGUUAUGGAGCUAUAAUUAAGUACGGUUUUCUCGAUCGCCCGCGUGAAGAUUUAAUAAAAGACAAGAACCUGUUGGAGACCCCAGAGACUGUGGCCAAGGUCGAGAAGGUUGUGGAGGAGUUGAAGGUUGACCCGGAACGGUAUAAGACUCUCACGCCUGAGGAGACGAAGCUACUCACAGACCGCAUAGAAGUGAACAAGAAUACUUCGGGUGUUGUCAAGAGGAUAAGAGAUUACCUCACGACUAUCCGAGGCCAAGAGUCUACUGCCAGCUUAUCUGAUGCUCAGCUUCUUGACAUGAGGGCGGAGUUCGAGGCCACCGAGCAGUACCGUAAUCGGAUCAAGGAAAUAAAAUUACAGCAAUCGCAGGCAAAGCGCCAAACCCGUGUGGAUAACCUAACCCAGAAGGCAAUGACGGUCGCCAAGCAGAUGUUUUCUCGAGGGAGGUUAGAUUUCGAUCCAUCGAGUAAAUCUGAGGAUGAGGUGCUUCAAUGGUAUCGAGAUAGUGUUGCGGCGAAGAUAGCGAAGAAGAAAGAGGAGGCUGCCGCCUAUCGUGCGAAGAAGCAAGUAUACUUCUGGGAGAAAGCUCGAACAGAGACCGCUGCGGCGGGCCUUAAUUGCGCUUAG